AUGUUGCUCCAGUUGCAGCCACUGUCCCAUUCACUCUUGUUGCGCUCACCAUACUACUCCGAACGCCGGCCCGCCACGCCGCUGGCACGCACCCAGGGCGGCCCGCCACGCCGCUGGCACGCACCCAGGGCGGCCCGCCACGCCGCUGGCACGCACCCAGGGCGGCCCGCCACGCCGCUGGCACGCACCCAGGGCGGCCCGCCACGCCGCUGCCACGCACCCAGGGCGGCCCGCCACGCCGCUGCCACGCACCCAGGGCGGCCCGCCACGCCGCUGCCACGCACCCAGGGCGGCCCGCCACGCCGCUGCCACGCACCCAGGGCGGCCCGCCACGCCGCUGCCACGCACCCAGGGCGGCCCGCCACGCCGCUGCCACGCACCCAGGGCGGCCCGCCACGCCGCUGCCACGCACCCAGGGCGGCCCGCCACGCCGCUGCCACGCACCCAGGGCGGCCCGCCACGCCGCUGCCACGCACCCAGGGCGGCCCGCCACGCCGCUGCCACGCACCCAGGGCGGCCCGCCACGCCGCUGCCACGCACCCAGGGCGGCCCGCCACGCCGCUGCCACGCACCCAGGGCGGCCCGCCACGCCGCUGCCACGCACCCAGGGCGGCCCGCCACGCCGCUGCCACGCACCCAGGGCGGCCCGCCACGCCGCUGCCACGCACCCAGGGCGGCCCGCCACGCCGCUGCCACGCACCCAGGGCGGCCCGCCACGCCGCUGCCACGCACCCAGGGCGGCCCGCCACGCCGCUGCCACGCACCCAGGGCGGCCCGCCACGCCGCUGCCACGCACCCAGGGCGGCCCGCCACGCCGCUGCCACGCACCCAGGGCGGCCCGCCACGCCGCUGCCACGCACCCAGGGCGGCCCGCCACGCCGCUGCCACGCACCCAGGGCGGCCCGCCACGCCGCUGCCACGCACCCAGGGCGGCCCGCCACGCCGCUGCCACGCACCCAGGGCGGCCCGCCACGCCGCUGCCACGCACCCAGGGCGGCCCGCCACGCCGCUGCCACGCACCCAGGGCGGCCCGCCACGCCGCUGCCACGCACCCAGGGCGGCCCGCCACGCCGCUGCCACGCACCCAGGGCGGCCCGCCACGCCGCUGCCACGCACCCAGGGCGGCCCGCCACGCCGCUGCCACGCACCCAGGGCGGCCCGCCACGCCGCUGCCACGCACCCAGGGCGGCCCGCCACGCCGCUGCCACGCACCCAGGGCGGCCCGCCACGCCGCUGCCACGCACCCAGGGCGGCCCGCCACGCCGCUGCCACGCACCCAGGGCGGCCCGCCACGCCGCUGCCACGCACCCAGGGCGGCCCGCCACGCCGCUGCCACGCACCCAGGGCGGCCCGCCACGCCGCUGCCACGCACCCAGGGCGGCCCGCCACGCCGCUGCCACGCACCCAGGGCGGCCCGCCACGCCGCUGCCACGCACCCAGGGCGGCCCGCCACGCCGCUGCCACGCACCCAGGGCGGCCCGCCACGCCGCUGCCACGCACCCAGGGCGGCCCGCCACGCCGCUGCCACGCACCCAGGGCGGCCCGCCACGCCGCUGGCACGCACCCAGGGCGGCCCGCCACGCCGCUGGCACGCACCCAGGGCGGCCCGCCACGCCGCAGGCACGCACCCAGGGCGGCCCGCCACGCCAGUUCGUGUCAUGGGGAACGGCCCUUGCGUGUCAGGGAAGGCAGUUGGGUCGAUAA